GCGACCUCCUACAAGGAAGAGACGAUCUUGCGCAAAGACCACUUCCAGCUCGACGGCCACGGCUCCCAGGCACGCCGCGGCACAAUGUCUUUCGUGAGCGGGCGGCCGACGCCCGCGACCGUCUCCACGAAGCCGGGCACGGCGAGACAGGACAGGCGACAUGUAAGCGUCAUCCAGCUGAACCGGCUCAAGCGCGAGAUAAUCGCCACAGCCCCACGCAAGGCUACCAAGUCGUCUCCAUCUCCUCCCCCCGGAAGGAUUCGUCCGUCCCCGCCGAACUCGACGCCUCCGUCACGGAUAUCUUCGCCGAUUGGCAGAAGCAAGACGAUCUCCUCUCCCUCCCCGAGCCCCGUAGACAAUACGACGCCGACUCGGCGGGCUCCUCCACCGCUCAAGAGGACAUGGGCGCCGCCUGUGUCGGGUCCACCGAAGGAGCCUCUCCCAUCCCCGCCCCAGUCGAACGCGCGGGGUACGCCACUGAACCGGUCCGCGACGGUUCGGUCUCCAUCUCCCCAGAAGGCCCGAGGGGCUGCCAGUCCGUCCCCAAAGCCUAUGCGGAGAGACCUUCCCCCGAUCUACGUCCCGUUGAAGAUGAACACCGGCUCGUCCGUCGCGCGGGGCGCCUUAGGUGGCAGCGUCCCGCCCUCGCCCGCCAGCGCGCGGAGCGUCCAGGACACGGACGACAGCCGCACCCCGGUCCGCGAGGACCCCAACCCCCUUGGCCUCGGUCUGACCGCGGACGCUCCGGGCCAAAGCACGACGGUGGACGAGCUCCGCGAGGCGCUUCGCAAGGAGAUGGACAAGUACACGCGGCUGUCGACCUACCUGCUCGACCUGACGGAGCAGCACGCGCGCGAGAAGGAGGAUCUCAUGCGCCGCGUGGACGGCCUCGAGCGCGAGGUCGGCAAGAAGGACAAGGAACUCCGCGGGCUGCGGUGGAUCGUCGCGAACGCCGGCGGCAGCGAAGGCGCGGGCGGGGUGCUCCCGAUGCCGUUCGCGCAGGCGCACCCCGCGGCGCCCGCCCGGGCGGACAGCAACACGCUCCCG